AUGAGCGGCCCCAGCACGCGCGCGAACGACGGAGCGGAGCCGAGCGCGAAGCGCGUCAAGGUCGAGGGCAAGGGUGUGCCGCCAUGGAAAGCGGCCGCUGAGCGCCGGGCGGCGGGUCCGGCGGCGCCUGGCAGCAAGCCGAUCCCUGAGGGCCGGCCGAACUGCCUUGCGGGCCUCACGCUCGUGUUUACGGGCGAGCUGUCGAGUCUUGGGCGCGACGAUGCGGUGGAUCUCGCCAAGCGAUAUGGAGCGUACGUGGCGAUACUAACAUGCAGCAAGGUCACGACGGCGCCCUCGUCCAAGACCUCUUUCGUCGUGGUCGGUGAAGGCGCGGGGGCCAAGAAGCUCGAGACCAUCCAGAAGAACCGAUUAAAGACACUUGAUGAAGACGGGUUCCUUCAGCUGAUCGCUGAGCGCGGCGCACAGAAACUCGACGAGCGUGUCAAGGACAAACUCGCCGCCGAGGAGAAAAAGGUCCAGGCGGCUGCGCGCGCGCUCGAGACGUCCAGCGCGCCUGGCCAGCUGUGGACGUCCAAGUACGCGCCGAAGCAGCUCAAGGAGCUCGUUGGGAACAAGUCCAACGUCGAAAAGCUGCAGGCCUGGCUGCGCGACUGGCCCAAGUCGCUGCAGGCCAAUUUUAAGAAGCCGGGGCCGCAUGCGACCAACACGUUCCGCGCGAUGCUGAUUUCCGGCGCGCCGGGCAUUGGCAAGACGACGGCGGUACAUCUGGUGUGCAAGCUUGAGGGAUACGAGGUGCUGGAGCUGAAUGCGAGCGAUACACGGAGCAAGAGGCUGCUCGAGAGCGAGCUGAGCCAGACCAUCCACAACCGCUCGAUCGGCGACUGGGCCAAGCCCGGCACGGCGAAACUGGGGCGCCUCGCGAUCGUACUCGAUGAAGUCGAUGGUAUGUCAGGCGGCGACCGUGGCGGCAUUGGCGCGAUCAACGCGCUGAUCCGCAAGACGCAGGUGCCCAUCAUCUGCAUCUGCAACGACCGGCGCAACCCCAAGAUGCAGCCACUGUACUCGACGACAUUCAACAUGACCUUUGCGAAGCCGACGGUCCAGGCCAUUCGCUCGCGCAUGCUGUCGAUUGCGUUUCGCGAGGGCCUCCAGAUCCCUGCCGAGGUCAUGGACCAGCUCAUCGCGGCCGCCCAAAGCGACCUGCGUCUCGUGACCAACAUGCUGUCGACGUGGAAGCUGUCGCACAAGCGCAUGUCGUUUGAUGAAGGCAAGAAGUUUGGCGCCGCGAACCAAAAGCCCACGCUGCAAACACCCUUCUCGCUGUACGGCGAGCUGGCGAGUCCCCAGCGCUUUGGACCGCUCAAUAAGCAGUCGCUCAACGACAAGCUGGAUUACUACUUUCAGGACCAUGCAUUCGUGCCCCUGAUGGUCGCUGAGAACUACAUCAAGAGCCAGCCCGUGCUUGCGCAGCGGGAGUCGGUGCCGGCCCUCAAGGAGUGGAAGCAGCUGCAGCUCCUGCGCAAUGCGUCCGAGUCGAUCUCGGAUGGCGACCUGGUGGACACGCUCAUGCAUGGACCGCAGCAGCACUGGUCGCUCAUGCCACUGCACGGCAUUGCGAGCAGUGUGCGCCCCUGCUCGUACAUUUACGGCGGGCAUUCAUCGUUCCCCGCGUUCCCCUCCUUCUUGGGCCAAAACUCCAAGCGCAUGCGUCUGCAGCGCCAACUCGUGGACCUGCAGACCCGCCUGCGUCUUAGCACUACAGGCUCGAAAGACGACGUGCGCCAGUCGUACGUGCCAGGUCUGCUCUCGGUGCUCGUGGAUCCAAUUUUGCAGGCGGGUCAGGCGGCCAUCCCAGGCGUCAUCGAUACUAUGGACGAGUACUACCUCCUGCCCGAGGACCGUGAGACGCUCGUGGAGCUCGAGCUGGGCGACGUGCGGCGCGAGGACCGGCUCAAGAAGGUGCCAGCGGCCGUUAAAUCGGCUUUCACGCGCGCCUACAAUGCUCGCAGCCAGUACGUAUCCUGCACUGACUCCAGUCCGAUGGCAUUCCUGAAAACGGCGGCGCCAACGCCCAAGGGCCGCGCGAUCAAGACCGAGAUGCCCGACAACGAAGAGGCUUACGGGGCGGAUGAGGAGCCUGCCGAAGACGCAGACGACGAGGCGGAUGCCCAGGCCGACCUGGAUCCUACCAAGGAUGCGCUCCUGCGACCGGCCAAACGGCCAAAGAGCGCUGCUCGAUCUCGAGCGUCCAAGUAA